CGGAGUGAGUCAGGAAGAGGGAGGAGGAAUAAAGAUUAAAAAUGGCCACCAGCAGCUGCUGGGAACAGCAACAACUCCUGACUGUCCAGGAUGGUGAGAGCGGCCUGGGCGGUUGAUGGAAGAGACAAGGAGAGGGCCAGGCAAUCGGCAGCAGCAGCAACUGGCACUGUACUGUGGGCAUAGCAGCCAGGCACACACAGGCAGCAUACACUGGAUGGAAGCAGGAUCACAGCCUCCUCCUACUCCUCCUCAUUCCUUUCUCUUCUCACCUUGACAUUUGGAUGAUCAUAUUGUUUUAUUAUUCUUAUUGUACUAAAUUGAAAAGUCACAUUUGAAUUUCCUUGGAUUUGUCUGGGAAGGGAUGGUUUGACAUCAGCAUGCCGGGAGGAGCAGCCAGUGCACUGCAUUAAAGGAGGAGGGCAGGAAAUAAAUCCAAGGAGAGGAAUAAAAUAGCAAGCUCCAUCCUGCUGCUAUUCUGCAAUCUACUUGUGCCACCCUGCAUAGAGGUUGACCUCAAGGAAAUAAAAAAGGAAAAAAGUCAGAAAAACCUAAAUAAUCUUACGCUGAGGUCAUCUGAGUGGAGGGAGACCACAGAAAGCAGAAGAUGGGAUCACUUCCUAAUAUAAAGCUUCUCCCUAGGGUCAGAGCGUGUCCUGCUUACACAGUAAUGGUGACUCCUUUCUAAUGGCAAUGAUGUUCUAUGGAGAGUAGAUGGGAACCCAAGUUCAGUAGGAAACAUAGUAGUCUCCGAAGAAAAAAAGACUCCUGCAACCUAUAGCUUUGAUGAGGAGAAGAAUUAAAAGGUAAAAGGGUUGCAUUGACAAAAGUGCAACCAUGAAUAUGGUGAAGAGAAUCAUGGGCCGGCCUCGGCAAGAGGAAUGCAGCCCGCAGGACAAUGCACUUGGUUUAAUGCAUCUAAGGCGGCUUUUUACAGAGCUUUGUCACCCUGCCCGGCACAUGACUCAGAAAGAACAAGAAGAGAAGCUUUAUAUGAUGCUGCCAGUCUUUAACAGGGUGUUUGGAAGUGCACCACCUAACACAAUGACCGAGAAGUUCUCAGACCUUCUGCAGUUCACUACACAAGUUUCCCGACUGAUGGUGACUGAGAUACGAAGGAGGGCAUCUAAUAAGUCCACAGAGGCUGCUAGUCGUGCCAUUGUCCAAUUUCUAGAGAUCAACCAGAGUGAGGAGACCAGUAGGGGAUGGAUGCUUCUUACAGUAAUUAACUUAUUGGCCUCGUCUGGACAGAAAACCGUGGACUGCAUGACAACCAUGUCUGUGCCUUCCACCCUAAUUAAAUGCCUGUACCUGUUUUUUGACCUCCCGCACGUGCCUGAGGUGCCUGGAGGAGCUGAGAAUGAACUGCCAUUGGCAGAGCGGAGAACAUUACUUCAGAAAGUCUUUGUUCAGAUUCUUGUGAAGUUGUGCAACUAUGUGUCCCCAGCUGAGGAACUGGCUCAAAAAGAUGACCUCCAACUCCUCUUCAGUGCAAUAACAUCCUGGUGCCCCCCUUAUAAUCUCCCCUGGAGAAAAAGUGCUGGUGAAGUGUUGAUGACAAUUUCUCGACAUGGACUUAGCUUAAAUGUGGUGAAAUAUAUACAUGAAAAAGAAUGCCUGGCCACAUGUGUCCAAAACAUGCAGCAGUCCAAUGAUCUGUCCCCGCUGGAGAUUGUGGAGAUGUUUGCAGGGCUUUCCUGUUUUCUGAAAGACUCUAGUGAUGUUUCUCAGACAUUGCUGGAUGACUUCAGAACGUGCCAAGGUUACGUCUUCCUCUCCGACCUCCUGCUGAGGCUAGAUCAAGCUAAAGAGAACGAAUCCAAAGAUGCACUGAAGGACUUGGUUAACCUAAUUACUUCUUUAACAACAUAUGGUGUAAACGAACUGAAACCAGCUGGUCUAACUACAGGGGCACCUUUCUUGUUGCCAGGCUUUGCUGUCCCACAGCCUGCUGGAAAAGGUUUGAGUGUGAGAAACAUCCAAGCCUUUGCGGUCCUACAGAAUGCAUUUCUUAAAGCAAAGACCUGCUACCUUGCACAGAUUAUCCUGGAUGCCAUCACCAAUAUUUACAUGUCGGACAAUGCCAAUUACUUUAUUUUGGAGUCUCAGCACACUCUAUCCCAGUUUGCAGAGAAAAUUACCAAGUUGCCCGAUGUGCAAGUGAAAUACUUUGAGAUGCUUGAGUUUGUGGUUUUCAGCUUGAACUAUAUACCAUGCAAAGAACUGAUCAGUGUCAGCAUCCUUUUAAAGUCCAAUGCUUCGUUCUCCUGUAGCAUCAUUGCCACUAAGACUCUACUGAAAUUCAUACGCCAUCAUAACAUUUUUAAAGAUGUUUUUAAAGAAGUGGGACUCUUAGAGGUUAUGGUCAACCUUUUGCACAAGUAUGCUGCUGUACUGAAAGACCCUGCCCAAGCAUACAUUGAACAAGGUUGCACAAUAGUAAUACAGUCAACCGAGGACCAAAGGCAGUUGGCACUGGUGGUGAUGGAAACUCUAACAGUUUUGCUACAGGGAUCAAAUACCAAUGCUGGUGUUUUCAGAGAGUUUGGAGGUGCAAGAUGUGUGCACAACAUUGUCAAAUACCCUCAGUGUAGAGAGCAUGCACUCAUGGUGAUCCAGCAAUUGAUGUUGUCUCCCAGUGGAGAUGACGACAUGGGGACCCUUCUGGGACUGAUGCACUCUGCCCCAUCUACGGAGCUGCAGCUUAAGACCGACAUUCUGCGGGCACUUUUAAUAGUUCUAAGAGAGAGCCACCGGACUAGGACGGUUUUUCGGAAAGUUGGAGGCUUUGUAUAUAUAACAUCUCUGUUGGUUGCGAUGGAGAGGUCCUUGAGCUGUCCACCAAGGAAUGGUGGGGAAAAGGUGAACCAGAACCAAGUCUUUGAACUUCUUUACACUGUUUUCUGCACUUUGACGGCGGCCAUGCGCUAUGAGCCUGCAAACUCUCACUUCUUCAGAACUGAGAUCCAGUAUGAAAAACUAUCUGACGCCAUUAGGCUGCUUGGCUGUUUCUCGGAAUCACGGAAAAUCAAACCAUCAAACGUCUUCCCUUCCAAUAAUCAACCAUUUCAGAGACUUCUAGAAGAGGACCUGGUGCAGUUGGACUCAGUGUGCCCUGUGCUGAGGCACUGCAGCAAACUUUUUGUGUAUCUGUAUAAAGUAGCUACAGACUCCUUUGACAGUCGUGCAGAACAGAUUCCGCCUUGCUUGACAAAUGAGACUUCUCUCCCAUCACCCUGGGGCACCCCUGCUUUAUCCCGGAAAAGACAUGUCUAUCAUACAGUAGCCACAUCUUCCCUAAUCCCUCCUAAAAACAUCAGUGAUAUGAAAUUUCAUCCAGGAACAUCCCCUCUGACGAGUUCAGAUGCAGUCAUCAUACAUCCGGGUGCCAUGGUUUCUAUGCUUGAUCUCCUGGCGUCUGUUGAUUCAGAUUCCCAACCAGAACAUGCCUUAGAUCUUCAGUUGGCAAUUGCAAACAUCUUGCAAUCACUGGUGCACACAGAGAGAAAUCAGCAGGUUAUGUGCGAGGCAGGACUGCAUGCACGACUGUUACACCGUUGCAGUGCUGCCCUGGCUGACGAGGACCAUGCAUUACACCCUCCACUACAGCGGAUGUUUGAAAGGCUGGCAUCUCAAGCGCUGGAGCCCAUAGUACUGAGAGAAUUUCUUCGCCUUGGAAAUCCUUUGAACUGCGCAGCAUGGGAUAAGCGCUUAUUGAAACAGUACAGAGUACACAAGCCCAGUUCUCUCAGUUAUGAGCCAGAAAUGAGAAGUAGCAUGAUCAUGUCAACGGAGGGCCUGGGCUCUGACAGCGUGUUCUGUGUGGGAGAAGAUAAACACUACCGGAUAAGCCGGAGCUUGGUAAAGUCAGCAGAAGGAAGCACAGUGCCCCUUACCAGGGUAAAGUGCCUGGUUUCUAUGACAACUCCACAUGACAUUAGGCUUCACGGAUCAUCAGUCACUCCUGCCUUUGUGGAAUUUGACACUUCUCUAGAAGGCUUUGGGUGUCUUUUCUUGCCAAGUUUGGCUCCUCACAAUGCACCGAGCAGUAAUGCAGUUACAACUGGGCUUUCUGAUGGGGCAGUGCUCAGUGGCAUUGGAACAGGGGAACGCCUUUUUCCACCGCCCUCCGGUCUAACAUAUUCAACCUGGUUUUGCAUUGAGCACUUUAGUUCUCCACCAAAUAAUCACCCAGUGAGACUACUCACUAUCGUCCGGCGAGCAAACUCAUCUGAGCAGCAUUACGUCUGCCUCGCUAUUGUCCUCUCUGCUAAAGAUAAGUCCCUCAUUGUGUCUACAAAGGAAGAACUCCUUCAGAACUAUGUGGAUGACUUCAGUGAAGAGUCGUCUUUCUAUGAGAUCCUGCCUUGUUGUGCCCAGUUCCGCUGUGGGGAGCUGAUAAUGGAAGGCCAGUGGCAUCAUCUGGUUCUGGUGAUGAGUAAGGGCAUGCUGAAAAAUAGCGCUGCAGCGCUGUAUCUAGAUGGGCAACUUGUCAGUACAGUAAAGCUCCAUUACGUACACAGUACACCAGGAGGAUCUAGCUUGGCUAAUCCACCAGUAGUGAGCACAGUCUAUACUUACAUUGGCACCCCGCCAGCUCAGCGCCAGCUUUCUUCUCUGGUGUGGCGACUGGGACCAACUCAUUUUUUGGAGGAAGUCCUGACUGCUGCAAGUGUUGGCGUAAUAUAUGAACUGGGACCAAAUUAUGUUGGAAGCUUUCAAGCAGUUUAUACUCCAUGUAAAGAUUCAAAGUCUGAAUCUGGAACUUUGUCCCUGGUGUCACUGGUGCCUGAAGAAAAGGUGUCCUUUGGGCUCUAUGCACUAUCAGUGUCUUCUCUGACAGUGGCCAGAAUAAGGAAGGUUUAUAACAAACUAGACAGCAAAGCAAUUGCAAAGCAGCUAGCGAUAUCGUCUCAUGAGAAUGCCACCCCUGUGAAACUGCUACAUAACUCCGCUGGGCAUUUGAAUGGACCCGCUCGAACAAUAGGAGCAGCCCUCAUUGGCUACUUAGGAGUGAGAACAUUUGUCCCUAAACCUGUGGCCACAACCUUGCAGUAUAUAGGUGGUGCUGCUGCCAUCCUUGGCCUAGUAGCAAUGGCAUCUGAUGUUGAAGGUCUCUACGCAGCAGUAAAGGCUCUUGUUUGUGUUGUAAAGAGCAACCCACUGGCUAGCAAAGAGAUGGAGAGAAUCAAAGGUUACCAGCUAUUAGCUAUGUUGCUGAAGAAGAAGAGAGGACUUCUCAACAGCCACAUAUUGCAUCUUACAUUUUCCUUGGUAGGAACAGUGGAUAGUGGCCACGAGACAUCCAUCAUACCCAACUCCACUGCUUUCCAGGACCUGCUGUGUGACUUUGAGGUCUGGUUACACGCACCAUAUGAGCUUCAUCUUUCACUAUUUGAGCAUUUCAUUGAGCUUCUUACUGAGUCAAGUGAGGCAGCAAAGAACGCCAAGCUCAUGAGAGAAUUCCAGCUGAUACCCAAACUGCUGCUGACACUGCGAGACAUGUCCCUAUCUCAGCCCACCAUAUCUGCCAUCAGUAACGUCCUGAGUUAUCUCCUGCAAGGCUUCCCCAACAACAAUGACUUACUCCGGUUUGGCCAAUUCAUCUCAUCCACACUGCCUACUUUUGCAGUAUGUGAGAAGUUUGUCAAUAUGGAAGUAAAUAAUGAAGAGAAGCUAGAGCCAGGAGCUGAAGAUGACUUUGGAGGGCUUGUUUCUGCUAAUCUGAUUCUCCUGAGAAAUAGACUGUUGGAUAUGUUACUUAAACUGCUUUAUACUACAAAGGAAAAGACCACAGUAAAUAUACAAGCAUGUGAAGAACUAGUGAAGACUCUUGGUUUUGACUGGGUCAUCAUGUUUAUGGAAGAACAUCUGCACUCAACCACAGUCACUGCGGCUAUGCGGAUCCUGGUGGUACUACUGAGCAACCAGUCUAUACUCUUUAAGUUCAAGGAAGGAGUGAGUGGAGGAGGCUGGCUGGACCAAACAGACUCUGUCUUGACUAAUAAGAUUGGCACGGUGCUAGGUUUCAAUGUGGGAAGGAGUGCCGGAGGCAGGUCAACUCUCAGGGAGAUUAACCGUGAUGCAUGUCAUUUCCCCGGCUUCCCGGUUCUUCAGUCCCUGCUUCCCAAGCACACUAAUGUACCUGCACUUUAUUUUCUGCUCAUGGCACUUUUCCUGCAGCAGCCAGUCACUGAACUGCCUGAGAACUUGCAGGUCAGUGCACCUGUCACCAGCAACCGAAGUAGCCGGGGUUGCCAGUUUGAUUUGGACUCCAUCUGGACAUUUAUCUUUGGGGUUCCUGCAUCCAGUGGCAAUGUGUUCUCCUCCAUCCACAAUGUGUGCACAGAAGCUGCCUUACUGCUGCUGGGCAUGCUCAGGACAAUGCUUAAUUCACCAUGGCAAUCUGAGGAAGAGGGUUCCUGGCUCCGCGAGUAUCCUGUUACAUUGAUGCAGUUCUUCCGCUACCUGUACCACAAUGUACCAGACCUGACUCCAAUGUGGAUCAGCCCAGAGUUUCUGUGUGCCCUGGCAGGCUCUGUGUUCCCCUUUAAUAUUCGGCCAUACUCUGAAAUGGUCACAGACCUGGAUGAUGAGGUAGGAUCACCUGCUGAAGAAUUUAAGGCAUUUUCAUCUGACUCUGGUAUGAACAGAAGCCAAUCUGAAUACUGCAAUGUGGGGUCCAAGACGUACCUAACCAGCCAUCCCGCAAAGAAGUUUGUGUUUGAUUUCAUGCGCGUCCUUGUGAUUGAAAACCUUUGUCUGACGCCCGCCAGCAAGCAAACCCCUCUGAUAGACCUGCUCUUAGAGUCUUCUCCAGAAAGAUCCACAAGAGCUCAGCAGAAGGAGUUCCAGACCUAUAUCUUGGACAGUGUGAUGGACCACCUCCUGGCUGCUGAUGUUCUGCUAGGUGAAGACGCCUCUUUACCCAUGACUACAGGUGGAAAUUUUCAGGUGCUGGUAAAUAAUGUGUUUUAUUUCACCCAGCGAGUUGUGGACAAACUGUGGCAAGGAAUGUUCAACAAAGACUCCAAACUAGUGGUAGAAUGUAUCAUCCAGCUCAUCUCACAGGGCUAUCUUACAGGAAUCACCCCACGUCUGCAAAACAUGGCCCAUUACAGUUGUACCUUAUCUAAGAGAAGAUCUCAAGGUUUGUCCCUUGACGCUAUAUAUAACUGCUUGAACCGGACUGUGUUGUACCAGUUCUCCAGAGCACACAAAACUGUCCCUCAACAAGUUGCACUUCUGGAUUCCCUACGAGUUCUCAUUGUGAAUAGAAAUCUUAUCCUUGGUCCUGGAAAUCAUGACCAAGACUUCAUCGCUUGCCUGACUCACUGUUUAAUUAACCUCCAUAUGGGAAGCAACCCUGAUGGCUUUGGAUUAGAAGCUGAAGCUAGGAUGACCACUUGGCACAUCAUGAUGCCCUCAGAGGUAGAGCCGGAUGGGAUAUACCAGGAUGUAAGUGAAGGGCGCCAGCUACUUCUGAAAGCUGUCAACAGAGUUUGGAUAGAGUUGAUUCAUAGCAAAAAACAAGUUCUGGAGGAUAUGUUCAAAGUAACCUUUCCUGUCAAUGACCGAGGACAUGUGGAUAUUACUGUCAUCAGGCCUUUUAUUGAAGAACCAACAUUGCGCUCUUGGCAAAAUCAUCUUGCUUAUGAGAAGAAGUGCAUCAGUAAAGGGGAAGCUUUGGUCCCCAGCUCCCAGUCCAAGCUGUCUCGCGUCAGUAGCGGCUUUGGCCUUUCUAAAUUAACUGGGUCAAGAAGAAACCGCAAGGAAAGUGGACUCAACAAACACAACCUCUCCACACAGGAAAUCUCCCAGUGGAUAUUCACUCACAUUGCAGUUGUGCGUGACCUAGUGGAUAUGCAAUAUAAAGAAUACCAAGAGCGUCAACAAAACGCAUUGAAAUAUGUGACAGAGGAAUGGAACCAGAUUGAGUAUGAAUUGCUCCGGGAGAGAGGGCUCUGGGGUCCACCAAUCGGCUCCCACCUGGAUAAAUGGAUGCUGGAGAUGACUGAAGGGCCAUGUAGAAUGAGGAAGAAAAUUGUGAGAAAUGACAUGUUCUAUAUUCACUAUCCAUACGUCCCUGAUGUGGAGCAAGAUACUAAUACUAUGUCUGACUUUCCAUGUACACUGCCUGAAAGCUCUGAUGAUGUCUUCAUGGUAACUCGUGAGAAGAAACCUGCCCGUUAUCGUCGUGCCAUCAGCUAUGACAGCAAGGAUUACUACAUGCGCCUAAUGCCUGGGAACCCGGCAGUGUUUCAGGAUACAGUAGAAGAAAGCUCUGAAGGGGAAGCGGCUCAGCAUGAACCAGAGCACGGGGAAGACACCAUUGCCAGAGUGAAAGGCUUGGUAAAAGCACCUCUUAAACGAUCAAGGUCUGCUCCUGAUGGUGGGGAAGAUGACAACCAGGAGCUCUUACAGGACCAGUUGUCUGAAGGCUCUUCUGUUGAUGAAGAUGAGAAGAUGGACAGUACUACUCUUCUCAGGCUUCUAGAGGAAGGAGAAAAGAUUCAACACAUGUAUCGCUGUGCAAGGGUCCAGGGCCUAGACACCGGUGAAGGCCUCCUUCUCUUUGGCAAAGAACACUUCUAUGUAGUGGAUGGGUUUACACUGACCGCAACUAGAGAGAUUCGGGAUAUUGAAACAUUACCUGUAAAUAUGCAUGAACCAAUCAUUCCUCGGGGGGCAAGGCAGGGCCCUAGUCAGCUGAAAAGAACUUGCAGCAUUUUUGCCUAUGAAGAUAUCAAAGAAGUUCACAAACGAAGAUACCUGUUACAGCCAAUAGCUGUGGAGGUCUUCUCAGCUGAUGGGCGCAACUAUUUAUUGUCGUUUCAAAAGGGAGUGCGCAACAAAGUGUACCAGAGGUUUUUGGCUGUUGUGCCAUCUUUAACAGACAGCUCAGAAUCUGUUUCCGGACAGCGUCCAAACACAAGUGUGGAGCAAGGAUCUGGGCUCCUCAGCACUUUGGUUGGAGAAAAGUCUGUGACACAGAGAUGGGAGAGGGGAGAAAUCAGCAAUUUCCAGUAUUUGAUGCACUUAAAUACUCUGGCAGGCCGAUCAUACAAUGAUCUCAUGCAGUACCCAGUCUUCCCAUGGAUACUGGCAGAUUUCGACUCUGAGGAGCUGGACUUGACAAAUCCUAAAACUUUUAGAAACCUGUCUAAGCCAAUGGGAGCACAAACUGAUGAUAGACUUGCACAGUAUAAGAAGCGUUACAAGGAUUGGGAAGAUCCUAAUGGAGAAACACCCGCGUAUCACUAUGGGACCCAUUAUAGCUCUGCUAUGAUUGUAGCAUCUUAUCUAGUUCGAAUGGAGCCAUUUACACAGAUUUUCCUCAGACUUCAGGGUGGCCAUUUUGACCUGGCUGAUCGGAUGUUUCACAGUGUGCGCGAGGCCUGGUACUCUGCAUCCAAGCACAACAUGGCCGACGUGAAGGAACUGAUUCCAGAGUUCUUUUACCUACCAGAGUUUCUUCUCAAUUCCAACAACUUUGAUCUGGGCUAUAAACAAAAUGGAACAAAGCUUGGUGAUGUUAUACUGCCACCAUGGGCUAAAGGAGACCCAAGGGAAUUUAUACGUGUGCACAGAGAGGCCUUGGAAUGUGACUACGUCAGUGCCCACCUGCAUGAAUGGAUAGACCUGAUCUUUGGGUACAAGCAGCAGGGGCCGGCUGCUGUGGAUGCUGUCAAUGUCUUUCAUCACCUCUUCUACGAAGGUCAAGUGGAUAUCUACAACAUAAACGACCCUUUGAAAGAGACGGCUACCAUAGGCUUUAUUAACAAUUUUGGGCAGAUUCCCAAGCAGUUAUUUAAAAAGCCGCAUCCACCAAAACGCGUCAGGAGUCGGAUGAAUGGAGACAUGUCCUCAGUCUCUAUGCCCGUGGGAUCUGCAUGUGACAAGAUAUUUUUCCACCAUUUGGACAAUCUAAGGCCCUCUCUAGCUCCAGUGAAAGAACUGAAGGAGCCGGUUGGGCAGAUUGUGUGCACAGAUAAAGGGAUUCUGGCUGUAGAGCAGAACAAGGUCCUCAUUCCUCCUGCGUGGAACAAGACGUUUGCAUGGGGCUAUGCAGAUCUCAGCUGCAGACUGGGAACGUAUGAGUCCGACAAGGUUGUCGUUGUCUACGAAUGUUUAUCUGAAUGGGGACAGAUAUUAUGUGCCAUUUGCCCAAACCCCAAAAUGGUUAUCACUGGGGGAACUAGUACUGUGAUUUGCGUCUGGGAAAUGGGAACGUCAAAAGAAAAGGCGAAAUCACUCACUCUGAAGCAGGCUCUGAUUGGACAUACAGACACAGUGACAUGUUUGACUGCCUCGCUAGCCUAUCAUAUAGUCGUAAGUGGAUCACGUGACCGCACAUGCAUCAUCUGGGACCUGAACAAACUGUCAUUUGUGACCCAGUUACGAGGACACAGAGCUCCAGUGUCGGCUCUCUGUAUAAACGAGUUAACAGGGGACAUAGUGUCAUGUGCCGGUACAUACAUACAUGUCUGGAGCAUAAACGGUAACCCCAUCGUCAGUGUGAAUACGUUUACCGGAAGAAGUCAACAGAUCCUGUGCUGCUGCUUAUCGGAAAUGAAUGAAUGGGACACCCAGAACGUUUUUGUCACAGGACAUUCAGAUGGAGUCGUCCGUUUUUGGAGGAUGGAGUUUUUACAGGUACCAGAGACCCCAGCUCCAGAACCUGCUGAUACCAUGGAAAUGCCAGAUGAAUGCUCAGAAACACAUUUAGGUCAUGAAGCUCAGGAUGACGACAGCAGCGACUCAGAUGUAGAAGACCAAAGUUCAAGCCAGGAUACUAGGUCAAAGGACAUCCAACCUCAACCUGGCAAUGUCACCCACCGGCCUAGGGCAUCCUCUGCUAGGGCUGGAUUAGCAGCAUGGUCAGUAGACAAUGGCUCUGAUGACUCCAGACGUUGGUCAGAUCAGCUGAGCUUGGAUGAAAAAGAUGGCUUCAUCUUUGUAAACUAUUCUGAAGGUCAAUCAAAAGUACAGUUCCCACAAGUCCAAAGUGGUGGUCAAACGACUCAGCCCGAAAUCCGGAACUAUAACAAACUGAAAACUGGAUACAGGUGGGAACGGCAGCUAGUAUUUAGAAGUAAACUUACUAUGCACACAUCAUUUGAUCGGAAAGACAACGCUCAUCCUGCAGAGAUCACUGCACUAGGGAUUUCCAAGGAUCACAGCAGGAUACUGGUAGGAGACAGCAGAGGAAGGGUGUUCAGCUGGUCUGUAAGUGAUCAACCCGGCCGCUCUGCUGCUGACCACUGGGUAAAGGACGAAGGGAUGGACAGCUGCUCAGGAUGUGCUGUGAGGUUCUCCCUGACUGAGAGGCGACACCACUGCAGAAAUUGUGGCCAGCUUUUUUGCCAAAAAUGCAGUCGCUUCCAGUCUGAAAUUAAACGGCUGAAAAUCUCUUCCCCAGUGAGAGUGUGCCAGAACUGCUACUAUAAUUUACAGCAUGAGCGGGGCGCUGAGGAUUCCUCAAGGAACUAAUAAAAAGCCUCUGCCAUCUGACUAACACAGGAGCUCCUCUGUGCUUGUUACCAUCAUUCUUUCCAAAGAGGAUGAUAUGUUAAACAUUUAAAACAAAAUCAGUUUACAUGCAACUUUUGUUUAGUGUUGUAAACACUGCAAGAAAAAGGGAUCAUUUCACUCACUAAUAACUUUUCUUUUAAGUAAAACAAAAUAAGUAAAUAUAGAAAAGACCAUGUUGAGCUUUCGGGCAAACUAACUAUAAAUAUAUAUAUAUAUAUAUAUAUAUAUAUAUAUAUAUUACUAUCAUCCUGCUGCUAUGCCUGCUGGCUGGAGGAAGUGCCCCAAUCUGCAGCCCCCAUACACUCCCUUGUGUUUAUUUCUGUAGAGCAGUAAUCUUCUUAGUUAGUUUUUCGGAUAAAUAAGCCGCUUACGGACAAAGACUUGCAGUCAUGUACAGUUUAUUGUAAAUAAAAUAUUGGCCUUUUUAUUGAAAUCUUACAUAUAAAUUGCCUGUUACAUGGGACUUAACUUGAUAAAGAAACUCAAGUGAUAGAUCAUCAAUAUACUUUUGUCUGUACUGUUGUUCCAUUCAGCAUCCACAUACAUUACAUGUAUGUGUUUGAAAGCAUCCUACCCCCAUUCUCCGAGCCUAACCCUUUCUGCAGGCAUCAUGGAAUUCACUUGUGUUGCCUUUGUUUUGCACCAAUACAUAAUCAGCCUGUGAGGUCAUUGCCAACAAAACAGCAUAAAGAUAUAUUCAACUUUAGUAAGUCUCUCAAUCGAUCAAUAUGCUUUAACAAAUAAACUCUGUGCAUGUUUUUGGGCUGUGCACUGCUGCUACACACAUUAUUACAUGGAUCGGUAUUGAAUAUUCCGACAGGCAAGCCACAGCAAAGCCCAUUCUGCUUUCAUGGGGAAAAGAUGUGCAUUCCCGCAUUGUGAAUCAGACAACCAUGUGAAGUUGUAUAGAAAUAUGUUUCUUAGCAUGGUAUUUAUCAAAGCAUGGAGAGAGAAGAUGCACUAGCCAAUCAGCUUCUAACUCUCGUUUUACAGGCUGUGUUUGGAACAUAACAGGAGCUGAUUGGUUAGUAGUUUGAUCUCUCCACAUUGUCUCUCUCCAAGCUUUGAUAAAUACCUCCCUUCAGCAGGAAAAGUAUUACAAUUGAUUGGCACUAUAGGUGAUGAGAUUUUUCUUCGUUUAGUGAUGUAGAUGUACUCGUAGAGGGAUUGUUCCAUACAUAGCACAGAGAUGUAAUUCUCUAUAACAUAUGAGAGACAUAUGUUGAUGCUAAUUUAAAUAAUCUUUUCCUCAGUAUAUAUACAAUUCUCUUUGAAGUAAAAGUGUGUAAUGCAACACACAGAAUUCCAAAAUUGAAUGCACCUAAAAAAAACAUGUACCUUUUUAGACAAAAUGAUUUAAUGUCUAUCGGUAAUGCAAGUUUUAGAUUGAAUCAGUCUGCAGCAAUGUGUUGCAGUGUAUAGUGAUUUGUAGUAAGCCAUUUUUCAAUCUCUUAAGUAAAGGAAAAAUGUACUUGGAAUUACAAUUCCCUAUAAAGCAAUACAUUAAUAAUUCUAUUAAUUAACUGCAUUUUUAGCAACAUAUUUAUUAAUAUUCAUGAAUACUUUCAUUUUAAAUAUUAUAUUUUUAGAAAUUAAACCUCAUCAUUCCAUUCUGUUUUAUUUCAUAUUUAUGCAAUAAAGGGAAAUUCGUAAUCUAGCAGCAAAGUCUAAGGCUGUCACUUGCUAAACGUACUUCAAAGUCCUGCUGCUGUCCACGAGUAGAUUACUGAGCUGCCACAAGUGGGCGCCAAACCAGAUUUCACACUUCUCAGCCUUGAGAUGCACUUGCCUAUAAAUAAUUUCCAUUCACACUUUGUUGCUGGGUUGAUGCACCUAAGCCUGCUAUGCACAGUACAGUCUCAGCUGACCUUGGAACACUAGAAUUCCAAUGAUAUCAUAUUUAUUAAUCUUACAAUAAAUUUUAAUUUAUAGGGCACAGAUUUUUUUAAAUUGGGCCAAUCCCUGGUUAUUGGAGACUGUUGCAACUAUGGAAAUGACGGGAAAGAUUUGUACUGUAAAACUUGGCAGCAAGUUGAACACUGAUCACCCAAAGGCAACAUAACAAUAGCAUCCUGGUUUUGUUUUUCAGGCUUGCAGCUCCGGUCAUUCCAGUAAUCUUAUUUGUUUUGUGACAAUUAGGUGGCAUAGUCUAUUGGGUGCUACUCUAGAAUACUUAUGUUAUCAUGGAGAUUUGGGAAUCUUCCUGCAAUGAGUGUUGCUUAUUAAACUUGCUUAAAGGUGCAAAUCCUGCAGUAAACCAUAUCGACACGACCUGGGCUUUCAUUUCCAAACUUGCACAAGAUGGACUGAACCUAAUUGGAGGCUAUGGUGUAAGGGCGGAUUUGAAUCUUUGACCAAAGUUAUGAAAUAACCCUCAACGUCACCUUUUGUUCUACCAGUGCAGAAAUGGACAGAAUCUAAAGGGGGUGGGAUUGGGCAGUGUAUGGCUUUGUGGGAUGCACAAAAAAAUAAUACAUAAAUGUAAUGGAUUUGUUUUGACCAUCUAUUAAUUAAAGGGUCACAACGGAACAUGAGACCAGUUUAUCUUCUAUUGUGAAUUUCAUUGCCACUUAACUGUGUUCUCCCUUGCAUACUCCUACAAACACCCAUGUACUCUUCAGUAUAUUUGUAAGUUGUACUUUAAUUGUAUUGUCAUGCUUACCAAUAGAACAGGUGUUUUAUGAGAGGUUCGCCUCUGUCCUAUAGCAGAACACUAUCAAUAAAUUAUUUUGCACCUUCAUGUAAAAUAGCUGUAGCAGCAAAAUUUUAUUUUUGUUCUGUAUAAUUUCAAGACUCAUUUGGUUUCAAUAAUGAAAACUGUGUAUAAAAAAAUAUUUAUGCAGUCGAAAGAAGCAAAAAAAAAAUUUUUAGGAAGUAUUUUUCAUUUCAGCAAGUUUUGUUACUUGUUGCAUGAGUAAUUAACACAACUGACUUUUUGUGUCAGUGCUAUGUAUAUUUUAUUUGUCCUGUUAUUAACUUGUACGCCCUUACACGCAGCCAUUUAUUUGGAUGGCAGCAGAAGUUGUUUCAUAAUAACUGGCUAAGACUGGAGGGUGGAAUUUUGUACUGUAUUACAGAAUUCAGUAUCUGAUUUUUUUUGGUGGUUAAAUGUUCACGGUCUGGAAGAAAAUGCUAUCUAGCGUGCAGUCUGUAAUAUCUGAAUGUUCAAUGUAUAUCUGUCUCAAAUGCAAAAAGUAGAGUAACACAAUUACAAUACAUGACUAAAUGCAAUAGGUCAGGUACUUAAGUUAAUUUUUUUUCAUUAUGAAUAAAAUACCUGCUAUUUACCACCA